GAGGAAGGAGAGAAGGCAAAGCAUUCCCCCCACCAAGAACAAUUUGAAAACCCACCCCAUCAUAUUUAAAAUCUGGGACAAAGAACCGUCGGGACAGAACUCCUUCCAUUGCAAAACCUCGGCGCGGCCUCGGGAGCGGCCCGGCGGCCCCGGCCCCAGACAGCCCUCCCCUUUCAAGAAGCGGAGGACAGGAUUGGGAUCCUUGAAACCCGAAACCCAGAAACAGCAUCGGAGCGGAAACCAGAGGGAAAACCUUGAACUCCUCCAGACAAUUGCUUCCGGGGAGUUGCGAGGGAGCGAGGGGGAAUAAAGGACCCGCGAGGAGGGGCCCGCGGAUGGCGCGUCCCUGAGGGUCGCGGCGAGUUCGCGGAGCGUGGGAAGGAGCGGACCCUGCUCUCCCCGGGCUGCGGGCCAUGGCCACGGCGGAGCGGAGAGCCCUCGGCAUCGGCUUCCAGUGGCUCUCUUUGGCCACUCUGGCGCUCAUCUGCGCCGGGCAAGGGGGACGCCGGGAGGAUGGGGGUCCAGCCUGCUACGGCGGAUUUGACCUGUACUUCAUUUUGGACAAAUCAGGAAGUGUGCUGCACCACUGGAAUGAAAUCUAUUACUUUGUGGAACAGUUGGCUCAUAAAUUCAUCAGCCCACAGUUGAGAAUGUCCUUUAUUGUCUUCUCCACCCGAGGAACAACCUUAAUGAAACUGACAGAAGACAGAGAACAAAUCCGUCAAGGCCUAGAAGAACUCCAGAAAGUUCUGCCAGGAGGAGACACUUACAUGCAUGAAGGAUUUGAAAGGGCCAGUGAGCAGAUUUAUUAUGAAAACAGACAAGGAUACAGGACAGCCAGCGUCAUCAUUGCCUUGACUGAUGGAGAACUCCAUGAAGAUCUCUUUUUCUAUUCAGAGAGGGAGGCUAAUAGGUCUCGAGAUCUUGGUGCAAUUGUUUACUGUGUUGGUGUGAAAGAUUUCAAUGAGACACAGCUGGCCCGGAUUGCGGACAGUAAGGAUCAUGUGUUUCCUGUGAAUGACGGCUUUCAGGCUCUGCAAGGCAUCAUCCACUCAAUUUUGAAGAAGUCCUGCAUCGAAAUUCUAGCAGCUGAACCAUCCACCAUAUGUGCAGGAGAGUCAUUUCAAGUUGUCGUGAGAGGAAAUGGCUUCCGACAUGCCCGCAACGUGGACAGGGUCCUCUGCAGCUUCAAGAUCAAUGACUCAGUCACACUCAAUGAGAAGCCCUUUUCUGUGGAAGAUACUUAUUUACUGUGUCCAGCGCCUAUCUUAAAAGAAGUUGGCAUGAAAGCUGCACUCCAGGUCAGCAUGAACGAUGGCCUCUCUUUUAUCUCCAGUUCUGUCAUCAUCACCACCACACACUGUUCUGACGGCUCCAUCCUGGCCAUCGCCCUGCUGAUCCUGUUCCUGCUCCUAGCCCUGGCUCUCCUCUGGUGGUUCUGGCCCCUCUGCUGCACCGUGAUUAUCAAGGAGGUCCCUCCACCCCCUGCUGAGGAGAGUGAGGAAGAAGAUGAUGAUGGUCUGCCUAAGAAAAAGUGGCCAACGGUAGAUGCCUCUUAUUAUGGUGGGAGAGGCGUUGGAGGCAUUAAAAGAAUGGAGGUUCGUUGGGGAGAAAAGGGCUCCACAGAAGAAGGUGCUAAGUUGGAAAAGGCAAAGAAUGCAAGAGUCAAGAUGCCGGAGCAGGAAUAUGAAUUCCCUGAGCCGCGAAAUCUCAACAACAAUAUGCGUCGGCCUUCUUCCCCACGCAAGUGGUACUCUCCGAUCAAGGGAAAACUCGAUGCCUUGUGGGUCCUACUGAGGAAAGGAUAUGAUCGUGUGUCUGUGAUGCGUCCACAGCCAGGAGACACGAUCCAACUUCUACAUGGUCUUGCAAUUAAGAAGAGUAUUGGGGCCCACUGGAAGCCUGAAAACAGUUUUGAGUUUCAUCUGAAAGGCACUCUGACAGGAUCAUGGCAGCCCUUACCUGAAAAGCAGACAAGUCCAGGAAACAGUCCAGAGGCUUCUGGGAGUCAGCUGGGCAGGUCUUGCCUCUUUAAAGGUGGGCAGCCAACUCCAUGGUCAAAAAUUAAGAGGUUGCCCAAAGCCCAGCCUGAUCCCAGAAGAUCACAAGAGCCUACCACAGCACCCCAAAUGCCCAGCACUGGGGCCACUCCUUUACAAUAAAAUACUGUCAUCAGAAGGUUCCUUUCUUGAAUUAUAUUAUUUAGGUUAGAAGUUCAGCCGACCUACCAAAAGCCCAAAAUAAUACAAGCUUUAACCAUCGAACCUUUUUUUCGCCUCUCACAUGUAACUCUCUGGGAAUAAACUGUCCAGAGUCAACAUGGCGGCUCCAUGCUGUCAGGGGCCCAGGCUCCUUCCAUCUUCUUUCUCCACCACUCCAAGAGUGUGGUUCUUGUCGGCAUAGUCCAAUAAUGAAAAGGGCUGGGGUGUGCUCUUUAAGGCACAGCUUAGAAUUUGGACAUAUAAUUUCUGCUCACCUCCAGCUGGCCAGAGCAUAGAUUACAUGGCCACACCCUGAUGCAAAGAAGGCCACACCCACCUGCAAUUCAUGCACCACACUAGGUCAAGCUCAGCAUCAUUUACUGCCUCUUGAAGCAGCUUUUACAAAGAAGGCUGGGAAAUGUAGUCAUUGCUGGCUGGUCAUGUGGCCAGUGAAACUCAGGGGUUCUACUACUAAAGGAAGAAAGUGAAAAUGCAUAUGGGAAACAGUUAUCAAUCUCUAUGAUAGUAUAUUUUUGUGUCUAUGGAAAGAUAGAGCCUAUUAAGAAAUAAACCACUAUAGUGGACCCAGCUUGUGGAUCAGAUUAGAGGUUUGUCCCUUAGAAAGCACAGAGGAUUAUGAGGGGAGAGGCACAUAGGACAAGUAAGUUGUGAUUGGAAAAAGGGAUAGGGAUACACGGGGCGCUUCUCCAGGAAGAGUUGCUGUAGGGCACUGAAAUCCUAAAGAAGGAAGAAAUAGAGACAUGGAAAGCUGGAACAGAACAGCUUUGGAGGCUGGGUAAGUGUUGGGACCCAUGACAACUUUUCAAAUGGGUAAUAUUACUGGUGGCCAACUCUUUUCAUUGCUAUGCUUCUUGAUUCAUUCUGCCCUAGAUUUAUUCCAAUCUAAAAGCACAUGUUGCUCAAAAGAAAGAGCAUAGAGUCUAAACAGACCUGGAUUUAUAUCUUCACUCAGUCACUUACUUACAGAGAUAGCCUGGGAAAAUUACAUAGCCUUUCUGAGCUGUUUCUACAUUUUUGUGUCAGGAUAAAGGGGAUAUUAACCAACAGUGCUUUUAGGAGAACAAAAUGAGUUGAUGAAUAUAAAGCAGCUAGUGCCAAGCCUGGCACAGCGUAAGCACUCAGUGAAUGGCAGAUGGGAUUAGUAUGAAAGUUUUCACUCCAUAACAACUGGCCCCUCAAAUGAAUACAUAUGAGUAGGGGGCUUGGCCAGUGUGACAAUGUCGUGGGAUAGGAAAAUGGUGCGUGUGUGAAGUGCUGAGAACCUAGCAGACACCUACCCAUUUAGGAUGCUUCUCUUAGUGUGCUCAGGCUGCCAUAACAAAAUACUAUGGACUGUGGGGCUUAAACAACAGAAAUUUAUUUUCUCACAGUACUGGAGACUGGAAGUCUGAGAUCAGGGUGCCAGUGUGAUCAGAUUCUGGUGGGGCCCCUCUUCCAGGCUGUGUGCUCAUAUGGCCACUUCCUGGUGCACGUGUGAGUAGAAUGAAAGCAAGCCCUGUGGAAACUCUUCUUCUAAGGGGACCAACCCCAUCAUGAGGGAGGCACCCUUGUGACCUCAUCCAACCCUAAGUGUCUCCCAAAGACCCUACCCCCAAAUACUAUCCCAUUGAAGGCUGAGGCUUCAACACAUGGAUUUGGGGAGACACAUGCAUUUGGUCCAUAACAGUGCCACUCACUGGCAACAAUACUGGAAACACAAAAGCAAACUUGUUCUUUUUUAAGAAAAUUAAUAUUCCAUUUUGGAGAAAAGGUGUUGACGGCUACAGGCAUAGUAAAAGAACUCAUCCUGAAGAUGGCAUUCCUUGCAUUGGUGCAAAAGAAGAAAACAAAUCUUCAUCCAUGAGCUUGUAUAUAUGGAGCAGAAUGAGGUUGGUGCUGUGCACCAGAUGAAUCAGUCAUUUCAUAAUUUUACAUUUUUACAUCCAAGCUAAAUAAUGCUCUUGACCAAACAAUCUUAGUUGGUUUAUCUUCUGGCACCAAUAUUUAAAGCAAAUACCUCAAUAUAAAUAAAAUAAUAAAUCCAAAGACUAUACUAAUGGUGGUUCUAAGUAGUUAGAGUCAUUAAACUGGGGACAGGAAAAAUAUCCUCAAGAUUCUUAACAGGGGAGACAGGAAGGGCAAGAAGGAAGACUCUAAAUAAUAUUAGUUCAUCCAGGGUCAGACUUUCACUCACUCAGCAUGACCGUGCCAUGGUGGUUUUUUUUUUUUAAUCUUAGAAAAGUGCAUUAAAUCUAAAGCAUUAGUGAGACCCAUCCAAAAUGCUGAUUAAAACCAGGCUCUUUGGAGAGGUAAUUGCUACACUGCUUGGCAGGACCCAGGAGUGUAUAUUGGACUUGAUGCCAUUGAUGAAGAGAAGAUGGUCAGUACCAAUGGCUGGUUUUAAGACGAGCAAAGUUAAGAAACAAUAUUUAGGAUGUGCCACACUUGGUCACCACUCAGCAUGAUUUGCUUCCUCUUAUUGUUUUCAAUUUCCUCUACCACCUCUAAAGUAUACACCCAGGGUAUCUCUGCAUAAUUCUUUGUCUUGCCACUUUAAAAGGUGUGAAUUCUGAGCCAGUCUCUGUUUAGUGACAGCACUUUGGCCACCUGAUCACUUUUCCUAAAUCUCCUUUCUCCAACCCUAUUUUGUCUUUAUUUCUUGAAAUUUGUCAGAACUAAACAGGUGUAAACAUAACAUGCCAUGGUUUUAUAGAGUGAUGAGAUUUAAAGAAGGGAUUUAAGCAUCAGACAAGGAGGUUUUAUUUCCUUAUGUCAUCUAGUAUAUUUUUGCCUUUUUUAGCUAUGAUGGUUUAUUGACCUUCCUCGGAGGCCAUCAGAGUGAGUUCUUCACCACUUGGCCUUACAAAUUCAUUUGUAUUGCAAGUAAUUAGUUGUAUCUUUAUGCAUAGGGUAGACAUGGACAGUUAGCAUUUCAUAUAGCCUUAGGACAGAGUUUGUUCAUCCCUAUUUUGAUGGCAAGGCUACUUUAUCUUACUGUGUUUCCUCUGUGUCUAAGUAUUUAUUAAUGUUUUUUAAGAUUUUCAAGUCAAAAUGGCAAUUUGAGUAUAUGUAUUUAGCCUGACUUCAGAAUCAGGAGACACUUUUCAACCUCAAGCUCCCCACUGGCAGUGUGAGAGAAGGUGAUAGGAUGUCAUAGGCUUGGCUUACACAAGUAAGCCUGCACAAGUGUGUAGAUAGGCACAAACCCCUUUCCCGAUUGCAGCAUCUUUCCCAGUCCUGAGUUCAGCCCUUUCUCACCAGCAUAAUAACCUACAUUUCUUUUAACUUUUAUUUUAGGUUUGGGGAUACAUGUAAAGGUUUGCUACAUAGGUAAACAUAUGUCAUGGGGGCUUGUUAUACAGAUUAUUUCAUCACCCAGGUAUUAAGCCCAGUACCCAAUAGUUAUCUUUUUUGCUCUUCUCCCUCCUCCUACCCUCCCUACUCAAGUAGACUCCAGUGUCUGUUGUUUCUGUCUUUGUGUUCAUAAGUUCUUAUCAUUUAGCUCCCACUUAUAAGUAAGAACAUGCAGUAUUUGGUUUUCUGUUCCUACUUUAGUUUGCUAAGGAUAAUGGCCUCCAGCUCCAUCCAUGUUCCUGCAAAAGACAUGACCUCAUUCUUUUUUUAUGGCUGAUAGUAUUCCAUGGCGUAUAUGUACCACAUUUUCUUUAUCCAAUCUAUAACCUACAUUUCAAAAUGAACACUGUGGGGUAAUAUCCAGAAGACAGAAAAGGAAAUGUGUGAUGGUUACCUUUGGAGUUACAUCUUUCUGUCAUCCAGUUAUCCCAUCUUUCUCCUGGGGACCUUGGGUUCUAGUGGCGUAAAGUCCUAGUCCAUCAGGCAACAACCAGAGCAUAGAUCAGGAUCCUCCGCAGCACCUUUGGGAGGGGUGCCAAGUUCAGAGUCCCAAAAAAAAAGGGGGGAAACCUACAACUCAUACUCAGCUUCCACACACCAUGAGUGACCCCACUAGGCAAAGUGAUGAGUUGCUUCUUGUUUCAGUAUUGUUCCGUAACAAACCAUCCCAAACCUAAUGACUUAAACUGCAAUUUGCUAUUUUUCCCUCUCAUUUUUUGGGUCGAUUGGGCUCAGUGGGAUAGUUCUCAUUUGGAGUCUCUCAUGAAGUUGCAGACAGAUGGCGGCUGGGGCUGGAAUCACUGGAAGGUUGACUGGAUAUCCCAGAAGGCUUCUUCACUCCUUUGACCGCCUUCAUUGUACCUCAACAGGCCUCCCUGCAGUAGACUAGCCAGGAUUUCUUACAUGGAGGCUCACGACACCAAAAACAGGAAGCAGAAACUGUCAGGCCUCAGAGGCAGCCUCAAAGCUAGCACAACAUCACUUCCAUUAUAUUCAAACGAUCACAGCAACCCAGAUGCAAGGGAGUAGAGGCAUAGACCCCUCCUCUCCACAGCACGUGUGUACUACAGCGGGAAAAGAUGGCAGCCACCUUUGCAGAUAAGCCACCACCACCACAAACAGGAAGCAAGAAUUAUUUGGGAUGGAAGAUUUUCCCUCUGCCCAGAGAGCCCUGAAAGAGCACCCUCCCUGCUACUCUUGGGUGGCCCGGUGAUUAAAGGAGCAAAGUUUGUGCAAAUAUAAUUGUGUAAAACAUUGGAGAAAAGUAGUUUAAUAAACUCACAAUCACCCUUGGAUUUCAGUAAACCAAGCAGAUUAAAAAGUAAAUAAAAGAUAGAGAGGCUUUAACUAAAAAUCUAAUCAAAAAAAUAAUUAAUAGAUAUUUAUUUAACAGCACCCUUCAAAUAAAUAAUUCAUAUUAUUUUCUUAACUUGUAAAACUCAACUAUAACUUAGGCCACAAAGAAAACCUGAAAAAAAGAGAACAUAUAAUUUUUACAGUCCACAUAUACCACCAAAAAUAAAAAUAAAAAUCUAGAAUUUAGCAAUAAGGGAUUAAACUCUUGCUUUAAAAAAAAGCACUUAGACACCACUGCACUCCAGCCUAGGCGACAGAACAAGACCUUGUCUCAAAAAAAAGCACUUUGAAGUUUUAAAGCACUCUCAUAAAUUACUGUUCAGUCCAAGAGGAAAUCAAAACUGCAAUUAACUGGGAUCCUAGAAAAUAAUGACAAUUGGAACAUCUCAAUAAAAACUUGUGGGAUUUGGAAACAUCAUAGCCUUAAAUUCUUUCAUUAUUAAACAAGAAAAAAUGAAAACAAAUGAGGUAAGAAUUAGUUAAAACUUAGAAAAUAAUAUGAAACAAAUCUACAGACAGCAGAAACACGGAAUCUAUGAAUGAAGAACAAAGUGAUGAAAACAAAGCAAAAUCAGUAGAACUGAGAAGUCUUUAAGAAUGUCUUUGGAACUACCAGCAUCACUGAUGAAUCUUUGAAAGACAAAUCUAAAAAAGAAGGUCAGAACAUUAAAAUAUGUAAUUACUAAGAAAGACAAAAGGGCUAUCACAACAAAUAAGGAGAUUUGUUUACCUGUAAGAAUGUUCGGUGUACAAAGUACAAAUGUAUGCAAAUGCUUUUAGAAUCUUGAUGAAUGAAUGAUUUUCUAAGAAAGGAUAAAUUACAGAAAUUGACUCAAAAAAAGUACAAAACCUGAAUCAGUCAAUAUCUGUGGCAAAAAUUUUUAAAGGCAUCUAAGAACUAUACUUUUAAAUAACAGCAUGUCUAGAAAAUUUUUGAGAGAAUUACCUCAUUCUUAUGUACCUGUUAUAAGAACAAGUAAUUCUUGUGCUAUUUCAGAAAUACAGAACAUAUAAAAAGAUGAAAAUCCUCCCAGAUUGUUUUGUGAAGUUAACAUAAAGUAGCUCACAACAAAAGGAACAUGACCAAAUUCACCCGUGAAUUUGGGUGCAAAAAUCCUAAAUCAAAGAUUAUUAAUUUCAGAACUUUUCAAAAGUUUAUUUCAGAAAUGUGCAGAUAAUUUUUAUUAGAAAAAAAUUUAUAAAAGGUAUAUCAGUAGGUGAAAAUAUAGGAACAAUAUAAUGAUCUUGAUAUCAAAAAGAUAUUUGAUAGAAUUUAAAAUAUUACUUUUUGAAACUAUCAACUGACCGUGAAUAGGAAAUUAUUUCCUUAACAUGAAUAAAAAUAUCUAUCAAUAGGGUUAUCUUACUUUAUAUCAAAAAGUUAUUUGAUAUUUGCUUAAAUUUUUUAAACACUUAAACUGGAAUUAAAGUAUAUUUUUAACAGAAGUAAGGAUAACUAAACUACUUUAUUUAUGAAAUACUGAAGGUAUUCCUGCUAAAGACAAGAAUAAGAUAAAGGCACCUGACAUCACUGCUAAUCAACACAAUAAAACAAGAAAAAGGUAAUAAUAGGUAAAUAUUAGAAAUGGAAAAUAUUAAAUUAUAUCAACAGAAAUACUGUAAGAGAAUUCAGUAAAAUAUUUAAAUACAAAAUAAAUAUACUAAGAGUAGGAUGCUAAAAUAGAGAAAAGUUAAACUUUACAAUAUCGACAAUAAAAUAAAUCUAGAAGUAAAUGUUUAAAAGAAGGCUGGAACUUACAUUCGAAAAUCACAAAUUUGGAAUGUGCUAUUGAUGGAUGAGAAAACAUAAAAAUAUAAAAGGCCAUUUUCUCCAACUUAAUUUAUGAAUUACAUUAUUCUAAAUCAUUGUUUGGAGGAACAAUCAGAUGAGACUAGUGCAGAUAAUCUUGAAAAAUAAUAAAGAUAGACUUAUAAGAUCAAUAUUAUAAUAUGUUGUAAAACUGUAACAGUCAAAACUGCUGCUACAGAUACAGACACAUCAGAGAAGUGGAACAGAGAUCUGAAAAAACAAAUGAAAGACCAAGUGAGAAUUUGCCUUAUGAUAAGGCUGGCAUUAAAUUAGUUGGAAAGUGGUAGAUUGUUUAACAAACGGUAUUUCUAAGUUAGCACAAUUGGCUGAUUUAGAAAAAGAUGAAAUAAAUUUGAACUUGUACCUCACACCUCAUAGCAAAAUAUAUUCCAGAUGAAAAUAGUUAACAUUUACUGAGUAAUUUUGUAUGUCAGGGACUGUUAUUUAUAGGCUGGGCACAGUGGCUGAUGCCUGUAAUCCCACCACUUUGGGAGGCCAAGGCCUCCUGAGAUCAGGAGC